AUGGAAACAGCUUAUUUUUUUCCUCUGGGUUUUUCUACUCUCAGCUUCUCAUGGCCCAAAUAUGUGUGUGUCUUCCUUUCAGUGGUAUGGGGGUCCUGGUUUGACCAUGUGAAAGGCUGGUGGAAGAAGAAAGACAGUCACCCCGUCCUGUACAUUUUCUAUGAAGAUAUAAUGAAAGUAAGAUCUCUCCAACAGGAUCCAAAAUGUGAAAUUAGAAAGAUAAUGGAAUUCCUGGGGAAGAACCUAAAAGAAGAUGUUUUGGACAAAAUUGUCUAUAAUACAUCAUUUGAUAUAAUGAAAAAGAACCCUAUGACCAACUACUUAAAUGAAAUUACAAUGAAUCAUAAUCUCUCUCCAUUCUUAAGAAAAGGAAUCAUUGGAGAUUGGAAAACGCAGUUCACUGAAGCUCAGAACAAGCAAUUUAAUGAAUACUAUGAGAAAAAUAUGGCUGACACUUCAUUGUCAUUUUGCAUGGAACCCUAAAAAACACAGCAAGAGAAUAAAACCUAUUCUCUCACCAGCCUCUGUGAAGUGAAAGGGAAAUCUGUUUCCAAAUACCACUAAUGGUUUGUCUGACUCAGUGUAAGGGCUUUUAAACACCUUGAAUUUCUGAUCUGCUUUUUGGAUUACCCACAAUCUAACUUGUUAUAUAAUUAUUUUCCUUAGCAUUUUUCUCCCUUCUCCACAGA